CUAAAUUGAUCCUCUGUAUUAGAAGCCAUCCAUUGUAUACGUACACGCACGUUCUAUUUCUACAUGUUUUACUAUUUUAUGGUCGAACACUAUCCUCGUUCUUUCAUGAAACACGCGUUAUAUUUUUAAUAUAAAUAAGACGAUGAGUGAUACAGAAUUUUUGGACGAUACAGAACAAGAUGUAUCAGAGUCUCAUUCUAAGCUUCUCGAUGCUGUAUCGCAACUCGAUAAGGGCCAAAGGGUAAAAAGAGCAGAAAGAAGCGAACCUACUUUGGAAGUGUCAGAAUUUCAUUUAGUGAAAAGUGGGAUAUCUGAUCAGGAUGCAGUUCUUAUAAAGGAUUUGGCGAAAAGUUUAGGUAAAAAGGGACAUCAUGUCGAAAUUACUAGGAAUUUGGAAUCCGCGAGGAAGAAAGCGAAUGUACUACAAAAACCAUUGGAGAAACCUGCUGCAGAGAGAAUAAAAAGGAUAGUUGGUUUUGAAAAUACAAAGAAAGAACUUAAAAAAUGGAAUGCUAUUAUAACAAAAAACAGAACAUCGGAAUCGCUUCGAUUUCCCAUGAAUCAGUCGUCGAUGCGGUUGGAGCCAUCCAAACAAUUCGUGAAAAGAUUCAGAAUUCAGUCAGAAUUAGAAAAAGAACUUGCCGCGUUAGAACCGCAGAAAGAGAAUAUCGAGCAAAAAGCUGAUGAAUUCUCAUUAACAUUGGAAGAGAUUGCUAUGAAAAGAAAAGAAGCCGCGAGAAUUAGAGCGCAACAAUCUUACAGAGAAGCAAAGUCUCGACGUCAAGGCAAAAUUAAGAGUAAGAAAUUUCAUCGCGUUCAAAAGAAAGAACGAAUAAAACUGCAAUUGAAAGAGUUUGAGGAAUUACAAAAAACUGAUCCUGAAGCAGCAUUGGAGAAGCUUGAACAAUUGGAUAAAAGUAGAGCAGAAGAACGGAUGUCGUUAAGACAUAAAAGUACAGGAAAAUGGGCUAAAUCCAAGCAAAUUAGAGCAAAGUACGAUAAAGAUACUCGUCAAGAACUUGCGCAACAGUUGUCAGUUAGUCGAGAAUUAACGCAAAAGUUAAGAAAACCAGAUGAUAAUGAAAUGGACAACGAAGAUGAGAGUCCUAUGCAGCCCAUACUUGAUGAUAAAGAAAAUCCAUGGGUGAAUAAUUCUAAAACAGAAACGGAAAUAGAUGAAUUUGUUAAGAGUUACCGUAAAUAUUGGGAUAAACAAAAUAGCAAAUUAAAAAGUCAGGAACCUAAUGUUAAUAAAAAUGAUGAAAAUAAAACUGAAAAUAAAAAAGCAAAACUUUCAGCGAAGAAUGUAAACAAUCUUACUACUUUUGAAGACAAAGCUGCUACCGAAAUAAAAUUUUCUGAAACUCGAAGUAAUGAAAAUGAUGUAAAGCCAGAGAAAUCAAACGACGAAAAUAUAAUACAAAAUUUACAUAAUGUAAUCACAAAAAGAAAAAUAUCAGAUAAUAUUACAAAAUUGAAUAAAAAAGUCAAGUUACAAAAGAAAGAUGUACGUAAUAUUACUGCCACUAGUACUUGGAAUGUGGAAUCUGUAAAAAAUGAUAACAUUGAAGAAGCAUUUCACUCUUCAACGUUGAACAUUUUAAGUCAUGAAAAAAUGGAUAACAUGUUCGAUGUUAUGGAAGAAAAAAUACAAAAUAAAGUUAAAUCAAAACUUGAACGUAUUACGCAAGAUUAUAGUAAGAAAUUAAAAAAGCAUGAAAUUAAAAAAUCUUUCGAGUUCGAACAAGACGAUUUCGAUGGGCUUGAAAUUCAAGCUAAAAAUCGGAAACCUAUCAUAGAUUCGUCUUUACACGAAAGUGUCAAUGAACAUAAUUUGGAAUCAGAUAUCGGAUUAGAAAAUGCCAAAAACAUGGAGUAUCGUAAUACUCUCUCUGUAAAUAAGCCAAAUAGGUCUACAGCUGAAAUAGAUCCUGAUAAAUAUAUAAAUGUAAAACCCAAGCAACUAAAUACUGAUUUUCCAACAGACGUCGUUAGAGGGGACGAUGUUUUAGAUGAUAGUGAAAAUGAAGAUGAAAAACAUAAUGUAAUAAGCGAAGCGUUUGCUGACGAUGAUGUGGUCGAACAGUUUCAAAAAGAAAAGCAGGAGGAGGUAGAGAAGUUUCAACCCAAGGAUAUAGAUUUAAGUUUACCAGGAUGGGGUUAUUGGGGUGGAAAAAAUAUUAAGGUAUCGAAACGUAAAAAAGAACGUUUUAUUUUAAAGUUCCCGAAAGAUUUGCCCCGUAAAGAUGAGAAUAAAGGAGAAGUAAUAAUAUUCGAAGACGGUAAUACUAGAUUAAAAGAACAUCAAGUCACCGAAUUGCCAUAUCCAUUUACAAGUGUCAAAGACUAUGAAGCUAGUCUCAGGAUGCCGAUAGGUAGAAAUUUCGUACCUGAAAAUGCUCAUAGAAAAUUAAUCGAGCCUUCGGUUAAAACAAGCAUGGGGAAAAUUAUCGAACCAAUGAGUGAGGACGUUUUAGUGAAUCAAGAGCGAAAGAAGCAGCAGAGUAUUAUUAAAAAGAAAAAGAAUAAAAUAAUAAAAAAUAGAAAGACUAAAAUAAAUAAUAAAUAAAAUAGAAUAUUUCAUACUAAAAAAUAACUGUGUACAAAUUUCUGUGUAAUAUAAGAUUUUUAAAUUUAUUUUUCAAAUGUUUCGUCUUAUGAACAAUAUGUAUGUAAUAUAAUGUUUCGUUACUUUAUUUCAUGAAUUUUUGUUGUUUCAAAAAGUUGAUUCUGGAAAUCUAAAAUGAUAGGUUAAAUUUAAGAGCUCACGAGUAACAGAAUAUGGUAAAAGAUUAAUUGUAAAUAAGAACAAAUUAUAAUAGUAUAACUCAU